UGUAACACCCACAACCACCACACAACUUGCAGUAUCUAGUCCUCAUAAGAAAAAUGGAGAAACUUUCAGUGGUCGCCAUAGCUGUUCUUGUCUUAGCUUGCUCUCUUCCUCUCACCAGUGCCUCCCAACCACUCGACAUUUACAAACUAUCCCUCCAGUUUGGCAAACACCGUGGUGUAUUUGACUAUUACAAACUCUCCCUGGAAUGGCCAAAAUCGGUGUGCAACACAGGUGGUAGUGAGGAAUGUGAAAACCCCAUUAAAGACCACUUCACCAUCCACGCUCUCCAGCCUUACUAUCGCCCUGACAAUUCUGUUCCUCCCUACAAUGAAAGUCGCUGCAAUUCCGUCCCUCCAAGCCCGCCAGAAAGAAUAACAGCUGCAUACUUAAAAAGGUAUGAAAUUCUAGAUGACAUGGUCAAGUUUUGGCCAAAUCUGUAUGGCUACUCGAACGUUGACAAGAACUUGGAGUUUUGGCGUCGUCAAUGGAGCAGAGCUGGACAGUGUUCACCAUAUCCUGUUUAUCCCGACUUUUACUUCGACGUUGCCCUAACUUACGUUAAAUCAAUCAAUCUUCUAAAAAUCCUCGAGUCCUCAGGUAUUCGCCCCAACAAUAAGAAAUACGAAGCAAGUGCAUUUGCAAAGGCCAUUGAAGAAAAGCUGGGAGUGAAGGUUCAGAUCCGCUGCAACAAGGACGCCAAGAGCGUACUACAAUUCUAUGAGGCCUUCCUAUGCAUUGACAGACUUAACUUUCUUGAGUCAUGCUCAGCAACCAAAUACUACGGCUGUUCCGAGACUGAUAAGAUCCAGUUCCCUUCCGUAGGGCGGGUUUGAGGAGAAAAGUUGAUGGAUGGAGCAAUAUAUAAAUAAUGUCCUUAGUUGCUCUUUGUGGGGUUACUUAUGUAUAUAAAAUGUAAGCGUGCAUGUUGGGGUAGUGGCUACCAACUCUUUGUGAGUUACUUCGAUGCGAUGAAUCAAUAUUAUCUAAAUAAAAUGUGCGCUACUAUUUCCUACAACAA